ACUACAUAAAAAUUGUGCGCGACCCAUGAAAUUUCAAAGAAUUAGACUGGAUUCCAAUAGACGUCGAACUAUUAUCCUGAUCUGCAUGAUCUGCCCAAAAUUAUCUCAGGCCAAACAGAGCCAGCCAGCGUGCGAGCGAGCGAGCUAUCCACACGGAAUAGAAAUACGGGAGAGACGGGAAGACAGGCAUGGCGGUGACUAACGCCUGGGUGGUGCUGCGUUUGCCCCUUUUUCAGUCUCAAUUGUGCCUCGAUCCGCUCUUAUCCCAGUCGCCGCCGCUUCCUCAGAGAAAAAACAGCCUUCUCGGCGAUGGGGGAGCGGCUGUCCGGUGGUCCCUCUUAAGAGCCAGCCGAACCAGACCUACCGCCAUUUCCUGUCGCUGCUGUAAUGGCGACGAAGGAAGUUCGGAGUGGAAUUGGAGCCGUUGGAGCAGUCAUUUCUCGGAGACGGACCAUGCCGAGAACAUCACCUCCGUUCUCAAGUCUCAACUUGAAGAUGCUAUCGAGAAUGAAAACUUUGCGGAAGCUUCCAAGCUGAAGGCAGAUCUUACUGAAGCGACAUCCAAGGAUGUUGUAGCAGAAGUUAUGUCUGAAUUGAGGAGUGCUAUAGAAGAUGAGCGUUACCAUGAUGCAUUAAAAUUAUCUAGGCUUCCAACUGGUCUCGUUGGUUGGUGGGUAGGCUUUCCAGAGGAUCUUGAUAACCCUUUUGGUAGAAUAGUACGGAUAACACCUUCUGUUGGGAGAUUUGUGGGCAGGAGUUAUAGUGCAAGACAACUGCAUACAGGAAAUUCAGGGACCCCUCUUUUUGAAAUCUUCUUGGUCAAAGAUAGUUACGGGGAAUACAUAAUGCAGGCAGUAAUCUUGCAACCGGUUAAAAGAAAUUCCAAUCUUAGUUCUAAAACUGGAGAGAGUCCCACCAGUGAUUCUGUGGCGACAUCCCUUGAAAGGAAAACUACGGAAGAGGAUGGCACAUAUAAACCCAACGAAGAAUCAUCAGAGAAAGUUGAUCAAAGCAUCAUCUCCAAGGAAUCUAAUGAAGAGGGGUUAAAAAGUGUAAUUAAUUUUCUCAAAGAAAGAAAGCCCGGGUUUAAAGUCAAGGUCUUGAAUGCCAACAGAUCUGAAGAAGAAAAACCACAAACAGAAUCCGUAGAGAAAUUAAAUCAGGAAAAUGAUGAAAAAAGUGCUACACAUGAAGAUUCCAAGCAAGAAAGUAAUCUUGAGAACAUGCAAGAUGAUGUUGUUCCCUUUAAUGCGGACACUGAUCCUACCGAAGGUGACAGAGACAUGGCUGUGAAACUUUUUAUUGGUGGGGUGUUUCACAACACUGAAGAUGUUUUGUCAAAAUCAUUUACCCGUCUUCCAGCAGAACUUAAAGGCAUGGAAAGAGAUUCAUUUGUACUCCAUAAUACUGGAAGUAAUGAUGAUCCAGAUAUGGAGGAGCAAAAAGCAACAAGAGUCAAGUUUGCAGCAAUUGCUGCUCAAGCUGCCUCAGAUCUUAUGCCCCCUGAAGUUGCAAGGGCCUGGAGCAUGGAUAAAACCAAGGUGUCUAAAGAUCUUCGAGAAGUGGUUAAAUUUGCAGUUAGCCAAACUCAGAGAAGAAGCAGAUUGUCCAAGACAACUGUUUUUAAUCGGAUAAUACUUAAUAAUUGUCUAGAUCCAUUUGAGGGUUUAUUUGUUGGAGCCUUUGGCCCCUUUGGCACUGAGGUAAUACAGCUACGGCGUAAAUAUGGUCACUGGAAUGACUUGGAUGAAGUUGACUCAGAAAUGGAGUUUUUUGAGUAUGUGGAAGCUGUUAAAUUGACUGGGGAUCUGAACGUUCCUGCGGGGCAGGUUACAUUUCGUGCCAAAAUUGGCAAGGGAAAUCGUCUCAUAAAUCGUGGAGCCUACCCAGAGGAGCUUGGUGUGGUUGCUAGUUACAAGGGUCAGGGAAGAAUAGCAGAGCCUGGAUUCAAGAAUCCUCAGUGGGUUGAUGGCCUGUUAGUACAGCUUAAUGGCAAGGGAUUUGGGCCGCAUAUCAGAGGCACGGAGCUAGGGUUUGUGUUUAUUCCCCCUAGUCCUAACCAGAGUUUCAUGGUUCUUUUUGACCGUUUGAAACUCCCGGACUGAUGCCAAACAAAACCAGUCUCCAUCCUUUUAGUAGUCUGAAAAUCUCCUCCCGCGGCAGAAUACACUGGAUUUUUUUGACAGAGAAUCCUCUGAUUUAAUGUAAGCCGUUUUCUCACCUUUUUCAUUUUUUUUUUCUACCUAGAGUAUGUGUAAUUCUAAUAAAUCCUAGUUUGCAUUUGCACAGUUUAUGUUUAAUUUUUAGGAACUGCAAGAUUUUCCCCUAUUAAGAUUUAAAAAUAGAAUUGAUACGAAUCUUGCUUUCGGUGUGAUUACUGUUUAGAAUGCUUGGUGGAGGUUGAAUUGAAUCUUUUUCUAUCACAUAAUUUUAUAGCCGA